UCUUCAUCUGCUCUUGAAUAGUUUUACCUGCACAGCGUAAGUCGCGGAAACGAAUAUCGCGGCCGGGCUCCCUCUUCUUUUCUACGUAAUAAAUCACAAUCGUCAUCGAAAGGAGGGUGUGACGUCGUCCAAUCUGCGACAGCACAACUAAGUGUCUCAUUUUCUUACCAAUGAGCAAAAUCCGGACCGCAUCAUUCGCAGUUGGUUUGCGUCUCCUUUCUCGGGUUGUUUCCCUAAGAAUCUGUUAGAAGAUCUUCAUCUUCUGUCCUUGUGUGCCGCAAGCGUGACGUCGCUGUAUGAAAUCAAACAUGGCCACGGAGUGUACUGAGACUGCUGGCAACAAAGUGGCCGAAACACAACUGACUUUUGGACUUGGAAAACCGUACCUGGAUAGGCUGCCCGCAGAGAUCGUUGAUCGUAUCUGCAACUACCUUCCAAACCGUGACACUCUACUUAGCCUCCGUGCAACCUGUCGUGAUCUUGCUGCGAAGACAUCAGAGCGCUAUGCGAAAGCCUACUGGAUCCAAAGUCGCUGGAUACUAUCUCGUUACGGAUGGGCCAAUUUCCGUACGAUGGCCGAAUUCCAUGCUAAUAUCAACUCGUAUAUAACCAAUCUCACACUGAUCGCACCGGACUCCCACUGCCAUGAUUACGAUAAUUUCUGCCUUGCGAAGGGUUGGAGCUCAAGUCAGGACCUCGCCCACUCCAUCAACAAGAUACGGAGCAUUCGCAUCUUCAACCUAUUUAACUUCAAAUUUGCCGGCAGUAGUGACUUCUUGGAAACGCUUUUGCCUGCAAUCAGACUGCCCCUAAUGGCCCAUCUCGUCAUUGGCGAUGCUGUCAUAGAAGACAAUGCUCUGGCUUUGCUCAUUCGAAAUCACGCCAAGACCUUACACGGCAUACGCUUCGAUAACGUGGACUUAUCUGGCGGCAUGAACAAGGUUGCUUUGGAUAUCCUCGAGUACGAGACCUUCAGGGACGCAGGGAUGUGCAUGACUCCCUGGUCCACUGUGUUUAGGGCCCUGGCCGAGAUUGAGCAACAGUGCGGCAUCCAGAUCUCCAACCCGAUGCAACACAGCUGCGAAGUCGACAUCCUAGGCACCUCGGACUACUUUUACGACUUCAACUUCUCAGCUUACGAGCAAUUCUUGGGCACAACCAUACAGCUCGUUCCUAAUGCGGAUACAUUGGGCGACUUGUACUUGAUAGACGAUCUAGAUCCAGAGGAUAUGCACUUGCUCAUCACAAUAGACCGUGACCAUAACUGGAAGAAGGGAUUGCUACGCAUUCUGCAUAUGUACGAGUGCGCCUUCACAAACCUUGGGCGUGGGUUCCUGCCGCCAUGGCAGCUCUUUGAAGAGGCUGAGAGGGCCGAAAACAUGAGCAGCUUUAUGCAGGCGGUAUCUGUCCAACCGGUGACUUUGCAUGUUAAUCCGCCGCUUCAUACGGCAGAAACGACACCUUCCAGCAACGCCGAGCCGCUCGUCUCGUCCUCCCUCGGCACAAAGCAGAGCCAAGGCAGUCCAUCGAUCAGUCCGGGAAUGGCGAAGUUAAACACAGGCGGCAAGACAAAGAGAGGCAAGCGAAAGAAAAGGAGCAAGGUAAGAUUGAAGGCGGAAGAAAAGAGCUCCGAAACGACGGCGAGCUCGAGCAAGCUAGCCUCGAGCUGUCGAAGGGCGACGAAGAGCAAGGAAAGGCAAAUGGACGGGUAAGAGUCGGUAAGCCCGGCAUCCGCUCAGACGAGCGAGGGAUCGAGAAUACCAGCGGCACCGCUGCAGCCUUCGCUCUUCGCUCAGAGACAAUUGAGUCGCCCCGGCGCUUCCCGCCUCCCGUCGCGUUAUCGUGCAGGCAAAGCGAUGCGAUGCGAUGCGAUACGAUACGACACGCAGAACGGACGACAUCCUGCGCGGGACAGACGCGGUUUCCAUAGCGCCGUCGCAGCGACGGUGGAAACUUUUUGACUCGUGUUAAAGCGGCGUUUGUGCGGCAACGUUUCGGGGCACUCUCCAGCGUCAUGGCCAAAUCGUAGGCUCGGCGCAAGUGGUUCACGCAAAGAUGACGGCAGGAUGCUGCUUCGACACAUAAAGACAAGACUGUUCUCGUUGUUGGCUUCGACGCUAAAAAAAAAGGGCUGUAUUAUGUAUAUUCAGAGCCUUGCUACGGUAAGAGUAAGAGAGCUAGCUGGUCUGGCUGGCUAAAGAAGCAGGAAGAAGAUAAAUUAAGAAAAAGAAUUUUUUUUCAAAUAUACACCACAUCCUAAAC